AGAGCACAAAGAUGAAUUUUAUACUAACGCGUUUGAAGAAAGCAGAUACCUUUAUACUUCUCCAACAGCACACUAUUAGGUUGAUUGCCGAUUUGCUAUAAUGCAGCACACAAUCUAGUAUGCCCUGGACUAGCAAAAAAAAAAAAAGCAUUGCUCACAGCAAGAAAUACUGCAUAAUACAUUAGUCAACUUCUCGAAGAUUUGAUCACUUGAGGCAAUUCAAGAUAGUAGAAAACAGUGCUAAAAGUCUAAGGCUCAGUUCCAUGAAAUGAACAUAAAGCGCAGCAACUAGUCAUCAGAAGCUUCUUUAUUUCAAAAGGAGCAGCAGGUACUAUAUAGUUGAUAACACAAUUACAGCUUCAUCUCAAUCCUGUAAUUGAUAAAAUGGGCUCACAAGCAAAUCCGAACCAAGAUGACUACAAGGUCAAGGACACGAAACCUAAGCUAGGGGAACAAUGGCCACAUGGAGGGGUGCGUGGUGGAGGAGGUUGGAUAAGCAGCGAGAGAAUCACAAGCACUUAUGAUCUCGUCGAGCAGAUGUACUAUGUUUAUGUCCGUGUUGUAAAAGCUAGAGAUCUUCCUCCUAAUCAAGUCACGGGGAGCUCGGACCCGUAUGUUGAGGUGAAGCUAGGAAACUACAAAGGAAAAACUCAACAUUUGGAAAAGAGAGCCAACCCUGAGUGGAAACAAGUAUUUGCAUUCUCAAGAGACAAGAUUCAAGCUUCAGUGGUUGAAGUUUUUGUGAGAGACAAAGAGAUGGUGGCUAGAGAUGAUUAUCUAGGAAGAGUUGUGUUUAAUAUGCAUGAAGUGCCUACAAGGGUUCCUCCAGACAGCCCCUUGGCACCUCAGUGGUAUAGACUAGAGGAUCGUCGAGGUGAGAGCAAGAUAAGAGGGGAAAUCAUGCUAGCCGUUUGGAUGGGAACGCAAGCUGAUGAAGCCUUCCCAGACGCAUGGCAUUCGGAUGCUGCUACAGCUCGAGGAGAUGGCGUUUUUAGCGCUCGCUCAAAGGUGUAUGUUUCUCCCAAACUCUGGUAUCUGAGAGUCAAUGUAAUUGAAGCUCAUGAUGUAGAAUCAGCAGACAAAAGCCAACUCCCUCAGGUAUUUGUCAAGGCUCAAGUUGGGAAUCAGAUACUCAAGACCAGCAUGUGUCCAACAAAAACAACCAAUCCUUUCUGGAAUGAGGACUUGAUCUUCGUGGCCGCGGAGCCUUUUGAAGAAAAAUUGGUGCUCACAGUUGAAAACAAGACACCUUCAAGAGAGGAAACUGUGGGAAGGAUACAAUUGGCGCUCAACGUUUUUGAGAAAAGAUUAGAUCACCGGCCUAUUCACUCUCGCUGGUUUAACUUGGAGAAGUUUGGUUUCGGAGCCCUGGAAGGUGACAGGAGAAUGGAACUCAAAUUUUCAACCAGAAUUCACCUCAGAGUAUGUCUUGAAGGUGCAUAUCAUGUACUGGAUGAAUCAUCCAUGUACAUCAGCGAUCAAAGGCCUACUGAUCGCCAACUAUGGAAGCAGCCUAUAGGUAUCCUUGAGGUGGGUAUUUUAAGUGCACAGGGACUUCUUCCAAUGAAGACAGUGGACGGCAGAGGAGCCACGGAUGCUUACUGUGUGGCAAAGUAUGGUCAGAAAUGGGUAAGAACCAGAACUAUAGUCAAUAGCUCUGCUCCGAAAUGGAACGAACAGUACACAUGGGAGGUUUACGACCCAUGCACUGUCAUCACUCUAGGUGCAUUUGACAAUUGCCACUUGGGAGGAAAUGACAGUGGCCCCGGAAAGGACUCGAGAAUCGGAAAGGUAAGAAUCCGAUUAUCCACCCUUGACACUGACCGGAUAUAUGCACAUUCUUACCCCCUUUUAGUCCUUCAACCAUCCGGGGUGAAGAAGAUGGGGGAACUGCAAUUAGCCUUUCGGUUCACUUGCUUGUCUAUGGCAAAUAUGAUGUAUCUUUAUUGGCAUCCUUUGUUGCCAAAAAUGCAUUACCUGCAUCCUUUUACUGUGAGCCAGUUGGAUUUCUUAAGAUUUCAGGCAAUGAACAUUGUAGCCGCCAGGCUUGGUCGAUCUGAGCCUCCACUCCGGAAAGAAGUUGUAGAAUACAUGCUUGAUAUAGAUUCUCACAUGUGGAGCAUGAGAAGAAGCAAGGCCAACUUCUUCAGGAUUGUUUCACUGUUUUCUGGAGCAAUAUCUAUGAGCAAAUGGGUGAGAGAAGUUUGUCACUGGAAAAACCCCAUCACUUCGAUUCUAGUCCAUGUCCUGUUUUUCAUACUAAUUUGCUUCCCAGAGCUGAUCCUUCCGACAAUAUUUCUUUACAUGUUUCUCAUCGGAAUAUGGAACUUCUGGUUGAGGCCAAGACAUCCACCCCAUAUGGAUAUUAAACUUUCUUGGGCAGAAGCAGUUCAUCCAGAUGAACUGGAUGAAGAGUUUGACACUUUCCCCACAUCCAAGGCUCAAGAUGUGACGAGGAUGCGAUACGACAGACUACGCAGCGUGGCAGGGAGAAUACAGACAGUGAUAGGCGACAUGGCAACGCAGGGUGAAAGGUUUCAGGCUCUGCUGAGCUGGAGGGAUCCAAGAGCGACGUGCCUCUUCAUACUUUUCUGCCUGAUUGCUGCCGUUGUUCUUUAUGUCACUCCUUUCAGAAUAGUCAUUUUAGGGGCAGGCUUGUUUCUGCUGAGACACCCCAGACUGAGGAGUAAACAGCCUUCAAUUCCCAGCAAUUUCUUCAGGAGAUUGCCAGCUCGAGCGGACAGCAUGCUUUGACAAUAAAAUGAUGCCAGAGGAUCUUAUACUCUUCAUGCCAGCUUAAAAUUAAGACCCAGUGUGCUAACUGUUUUACAUGCAUGUAUUAGAAUCUGUUUUGGAAGAUAUUCUUGGAAUCUUAUAUUUGUUCCCUCUUGGAGGAAAAACACUUUGAUAUGUUUGGUUUAAGUUUGUCUCAGAAAAUGGUAUUUUCAGCAGUUCAAUUUUGAAAUUGAAAUGUAAACAACAGGAAUGGACAUUCCAAAAAAAACAAAGUGUAAAGAAUUGAUCGGGACACAAGGAAUAUAUCAAUUUAAAAUUUAUAUUAUAUUAUUUAUUAACAGGCAGUCGACCUAUAGAAUAGAACAGGAAUCUUGAGGCUAUAUUCAAACAAUGGUCUGAAG